AUGAGACGGAAGAUUGCUGCACAAAAGGCACAAGGCGACCUGGAACGCUACCAAAAGUUGUUGUGGGAUCUCUUGAGAUACCUGCGCACGGCCAACGAUGAAAAGGUUUACCGAGUUCUCGAAACAAUACGGAAUGGUGGUGACGUUGAAAACAUGGAGAAGGACAUUGCCAUGAUCAUCCAAGCAGCUUCCGCCGAAGGCUUACCCAUUGAAGAUACUGCAAUGGACGCCAGCGAGGCCCGCAAGGACUCCCGGAUAAGCGUGGAGGGGCUAUGUGAUAGUCCUUUGUUCCAGGUACCGUGCAAGCCUUGGACUAACGUCUCAAACGACGACCACCUCAUCUCUGGGUUGGUAUCUUUAUACUUCACAUGGGACCACCCCCUCAUGCAGGUAGUUGACCAGGAGAUGUUUCUGCGCGAUAUGAGCGCGGGUGAUUUGAGCUCAGAACUCUGCUGCCCUGCUCUGGUGAAUAGCAUUCUAGCGGUGGCCAGCACAUACUCGCCUUAUCCUGAAGUGUACGCUGUUCCUGGUGAUGUAGCUUCUCGAGGCCAGCACUUUUUUGAAGAAGCCGAGAUCCGCUGGAAAGCCGAAGAAGGUCGGCCCUCGUUAGCCAACAUUCAGGCUCUGGCGUUAAUGAGUCAUUAUUUGAAUCUCCAGGGAAAGGAUAAUGCUAGUUGGCUUUAUAUCAGACAGGCCGUGCAGCUUGGGCAAGACAUUGGCCUAUUCAAUCUACCAAAAUCAGGACAUGGUAAUUGGGACCGAUUGCCAGAUCGUAUCAGGCAUUCCAGUGCGCGGACCGCCUGGAGUCUCUUCGUAUUGAACUCGCAGUUAUCCCUGGAAUCUCGCAAGUCAGCGAAUCUAGGAGUACCCAGGCUAUCAUUGGACCAAAUAGCUCAUCAUGAAAGAGACAUGGUUUGGGUGCCAUAUCACUCUCGCUCGAGCGAUGUAGAACUCCUCAGGAAGCCGGCUCUUCUUCGCGAUGUGAUGAUUAGACUGGUCGACCUCACUGAAACCGUCGUGGAGAUGCAGGACCUUUUCUUUGAGAAGGCGUUUGAUUUGAGCAUGAGCAUCGAUGAGAUGUGCAAAGAAGCCGAUGGAUUGCAUGGACGCCUUCAAGCGUUCCUCGAUAGAGUGGUGAUCACCGAAACGCCACCCGUCCCCCAAGUACUCUUUCUGCAUGUCAAAUGCAACCAAGUUAUCAUCAAGCUUUUUGACUUUCUCUCAGAGCAACGGAACUUCGAGACGUCGAUUGAACCCUCAGCCAUCGAACAAGCCAAAAUGGCCCGGAUCCGUGCUGCAAUUCAGGUUGCUCACUACCUCCAGGUAUACCGCGAGCAUUAUGAACUGCAACUGACGCCAAGUCUCAUGUUUGGGCCCGCGAAGUGCAGCGCCUUAACCCUUCUUCCAUUUCUGAAUGACGAAUUGGCCUACAACGCCUUCAAUGAGCUUGAUGACUUCCUCACGUCUUUCAGUCUGAGAUUCCCGGUCGCCAAAGCCACGAAAUGCGAGAUAGAUGCCUUUUUCCGUGACUCGAAUCUGUCAUCGCCGUUCGACUUCGCCGGGACAGCUGACCGUCGAAAUUCAGACUCUUCGUAA